UCAUGGCCACUAAGUAUAGACAAGCAUUACGAAGUUCUUGGACAAAUAAUUGUUUUGAACAACUAAAUUGCAAUUGCAGAAGCAAUAACUAUCAGCUGAACCAAUCACGUCAAUUAAAAUGCCUUUUUUCAUUCAUACAUUGGAACAUGGGAAGAUUUUCGAUAGUGGAGUUCGAAGAUGGAAUCCAACUUAUUCCCACGUCUUGGAUAUUUAGCGAUAAUAAAAAAUGUUAUUGGCCAUAUUACAAAAAACAAGAAAAAAUAAAUCAAGCUAUUUUUAAUGAAGAAUAUCCGGACAAUGACAAAUGGUCAUCAUAUGAUAUAUUACGAAUUUUUGGUACAGCAGAUACAUAUACAAACGGCAUGCGAAAACUGAAAUUGGCUGAACAAAUUUCUGAUAUUGAGUCUAGGAAAGAUGAUAUUGACAAAAAAAUGUGUAGACGUAAUCGGGCAAACAGAAGAUUCACUUCUAGUUCUGAGGAGGAAGAUUUUGAAAAUGAAGCAACUGAAGAGGAAGAUUCUGAAGAGAAAUCACGUACAACUCAAGAAAUCUGUAAAAAAAAACCCAGUAAAAUUCCGCCUUUGCCCACAUUAUCAAUUGUAAAACAGACACAGACGCUACCAGAAAAGAAAAAAAAGAUAUUUCACAAUCAAACAAGCAAUACUGAUAUUAAUUCAUCAUUAUAUAAUUUUAAUAAAUAUAGUACGAAGGAAUCUUCCAGUAGCGUGCAAUCUGAUAUUUCAUGUACGGGAAAACAAUCUACAUCAUCAUGUAAAAGGCAAUCUAUAUCAUCAAGCGAACAAAUUAUUGAAUAG